AUGGGUGUCAAUUCGUCGUCCCGGCACGAUGCGAGCCUGCUGUCGGAAGAGGACGUGAACUUCGACCAUUUUCAAAUACUGCGCAACAUUGGCAAGGGCAGCUUCGGCAAGGUCUGCAUCGUGCAAAAGAAGGACAGCGGUAACCUGUUCGCAAUGAAGUACGUCAGCCGCAGCAUGUGCAUCGGGAGGGGUGCACUGGGCGGUGUGCUUAAGGAGGUGGAGCUGCUCGCUUCGCUCGAGCAUCCGUUUCUGGUCAAUCUCUGGUUUUCCUUCCAAGACGAGGAGGAUCUGUUUAUGGUGUGCGAUCUGCUGGCCGGCGGUGAUCUGCGUUACCAUCUGCAGCAUCAGGUGGAGUUUUCCGAGACGAGUGUCGCGUUGCUGGUGUGCGAGCUUGGGUCGGCCCUGGACUAUUUGCAGAAGAAACGGGUCCUGCACAGGGACAUCAAACCGGACAACAUUCUGCUGGACGAGGAAGGACACGCUCACCUUACGGACUUUAACAUCGCCACUCGCCUGCCACCGGACGGACUUGCCUGCAGCAUGUCCGGUACCAAGCCGUACAUGGCCCCGGAAGUUUUCAUGUGUGCCUUAGAAGAAGUCGCCGGGUAUAGCUAUCCCGUCGACUGGUGGAGCCUCGGUGUGGUGGCGUACGAGAUGCGUUGCGGUGCGCGGCCAUUCAUAGUGCACUCGUCGACACCGCUGAGCGAGGUGAAGAACGUUCUCAGCACACCACCACACUACCCACCGUGCUGGAGUGACCACUUCGUCGAUCUACUGACCAAGAUGCUGAACGUGCACCCGGGCGCCAGGAUCAGCACGCUGAAGGAGCUGCGGCUGACGAAGCUGCUGCGGGGCACGGAUAUCGACCGGGUGCUCGGCAAGCGCACCAACCCACCGUUCAAGCCUUCGAAGGACCACCUCAACUGCGAUCCGACGCUGGAGCUGGAGGAGAUGAUCGUGGAGACGAAGCCCCUGCACAAGAAGAAGAAGCGCCUGGCAAAGCAGCGCUCGGUGCACCGGGAGCUCCAGCAGGGCGGCGACGGCCAGCUCUGCCACAGCCAGCUGGACACCCAGCUGCUGAAGGAGUUCCUGGUCUACAACCGUUACAAGGAGCUACGGCGCAAGGCGAUGGAGGCGAAGGAGUCCGAGUGGCAGCGGGAGCUCGACCAGGCGAUGGCCAACUCGCACGUCUCGCCGACGCCGCCGACAAUGACGACGCCGGCCGUGUCACUGGCGCCGAUCAGUGAACAGCCGGCCACCUCGGCCGACUGCACCUGUGGGCUGCCCCGUACUGCCCCGAUGACCGUUCCCGUGGCCCCCGGCCAACACGCUUCCGACAGCAUCGAUUACAUUGACCGGACACCUUCCCCGAGGAGUAGCGUCUAG